AUGUCAUCAUCGAAAACUAAAGAUUAUGAUGUUGAAACAAUUCUUUCAAAACGAAUCGAUGGAAAAGGUCAAAUUUUCUAUUUAAUUAAAUGGAAAGGUUAUUCUGCAGCACAUAAUACAUGGGAACCAGAAGAUCAUGUUACUAAUUGUCAAAAUUUAAUUAAACAAUUUGAAGGUGAAGAAGAAAAGAAAAACAAAUCGAGAAAUUCUAAUUCUAAUGAAUCUCAAGGUCAUACAAAUACUCGAUCAACUCGUUCCAGUGUGUUGACACCAAAGCAAUCCAUAAAUAAGUCUGAAAGAUCUACACGUAGUAGUAAUCGUAGUUUACCAAUGCGUCAACAUAAUAAACGUGCAUCCAAUAAUGAUGAUAUGUUUACUGGAAAUGAGGAUGAAAAUGAUAAUGGAUUAAGUGAAAAAAAAUCAUUGAAAUCAGUAUCAUCAAAACGUUCACGUAAGAAUACAAGUGAUAGUGAUUCGACAUCAUCAAUUGAUAGUUAUGAUAGUGAUAUACUUGAUAUAUCUAAACUUGAUCAAAUUCUUGAUGUUCGUCGAAAUAAAAAAACAAAUACAGUUGAAUAUUAUAUUCAAGUAAAAAAAGCUACAAAACCGUUAUGGAUAAAUUCAACUCGUUUGGCUGAAGAUUAUAAUCAACAAGUUAUUGAUUUUCUUGAAGAAAAAUAUGUUUAA